AUGUCGAAGGUGAACGCUGUUGGUAUUGACUUGGGUACGACGUAUUCUUGUGUUGGAGUAUUUAUGCAUGGCAAAGUGGAAAUAAUUGCUAACGAUCAAGAGGUGAUAGUUCUGAUUUUAGGCAAUAGGACUACCCCGUCGUAUGUUGCUUUCACCGAUACAGAAAGACUAAUCGGAGAUGCAGCAAAGAAUCAAGUUGCUAUGAAUCCUCACAACACAGUAUUUGAUUGCAAGCGUCUUAUCGGCCGGCGAUUCGACGAUCCUGCAGUUCAAUCAGAUAUGAAACAUUGGCCUUUCAAAGUUAUUAGUGCUGAAGGUGGAAAGCCGAAGGUUCAAGUUGAAUACCGUGGUGAGACGAAGACGUUCACACCAGAAGAAAUAUCAUCAAUGGUUUUGGGUAAAAUGAAAGAGACUGCAGAAGCUUUCUUGGGUUCUUCUGUAAAGAAUGCAGUAGUUACUGUCCCGGCGUAUUUUAACGAUUCACAGCGGCAGGCUACGAAGGAUGCAGGAGCAAUUGCAGGACUUAAUGUGCUUCGUAUUAUAAAUGAGCCAACUGCAGCUGCUAUUGCGUAUGGUUUGGACCAGAAGGGCACUGGUGAAAGGAAUGUUCUUAUUUUUGAUUUGGGAGGUGGGACUUUUGAUGUUUCCAUCCUUACAAUUGAAGAUGGUAUAUUUGAAGUGAAAUCGACUGCUGGGGACACACAUCUCGGAGGUGAGGAUUUCGACAACAGGAUGGUUAAUCAUUUUGUUGCUGAAUUCAAGAGGAAACAUAAGAAGGAUCUUUCUUCAAACCCGCGUGCUCUCCGCCGUCUCCGUACCGCUUGUGAGAGAGCGAAACGUACAUUGUCAAGCUCAUCUCAAGCCAGCAUUGAGAUCGAUUCCCUGUUCGAGGGCAUUGAUUUUUACACCAACAUUACUCGUGCACGAUUCGAGGAGCUGAACGCUGAUUUGUUCCGUUCCACGAUGGAUCCCGUAGAGAAGGCUCUUCGUGACGCGAAGAUGGAUAAGUCGCAAGUCCGCGACAUUGUUUUAGUUGGUGGAUCUACUCGUAUUCCGAAAGUGCAAAAGCUCUUGUCCGACUUUUUUUCGGGGAAAGAGCUUAACAAGUCUAUUAAUCCUGAUGAGGCUGUGGCUUAUGGCGCAGCAGUUCAAGCAGCUAUCCUUUCUGGAGACAAGUCUGAGACCGUACAAGAUCUGCUUCUGCUUGAUGUAGCUCCGCUUUCUUUGGGUAUUGAAACUGCUGGCGGAGUGAUGACGUCUUUGAUCAAGAGGAACACAACAAUCCCAACGAAAACUUCUCAGACAUUUACUACAUACUCUGACAACCAGCCUGGAGUGUUGAUUCAGGUUUACGAGGGUGAACGUGCUAUGACAAAGGAUAAUAAUCUUCUUGGCAAGUUCGAAUUAUCCGGUAUCCCACCAGCUCCGAGGGGUGUACCGCAGAUAGAAGUUACGUUUGAUAUUGAUGCCAAUGGCAUCUUGAAUGUUACUGCACAGGACAAGUCGACUGGCAAACAUAACAAGAUAACGAUUACAAAUGACAAGGGUCGCCUUUCUAAGGAUGAAAUUGAUCGGAUGGUUCAAGAGGCCGAGAAGUAUAAGGCAGAUGAUGAUGCUCAGAAAGAACGCGUUGCGGCAAAGAAUGCCCUGGAGUCGUACGCCUUUAAUAUGAAGCAGACAAUUGAUGACGAAAAGAUAAAGGAUAAGAUAUCGACUGAUGAUAGGAAGAAAAUACAGGAGAAGUGCGAUGAAGUCAUUAAGUGGUUGGAUCGCAACCAGACUGCAGAGAAAGACGAGUUUGAACAUAUGCAGAAGGAGUUGGAGUCUGUUUGCACUCCAAUCAUAACUAAAUUAUAUCAAGGUGCAGGAGGAAUGCCUGGAGGUAUGCCGGGAGGAUUCCCAGGUGGCGCAGGUCCACAGGGUGGUAGUAACCAUGGUCCAGGAGGCCCAACAAUUGAAGAAGUCGAUUAA